AUGGAGAGCGGCGCAAGAGGAUUCCAAUGGAAACUUUUUAUACUUUCCUGUUUAUUUUUGGAAGGACUGAGUCAAGAUUUUGGACAGACCCAAUUUAUUUGCACAUCCGUGCCCAAAGAUAUGGACAUAUGUGCGGCCACAUUGCAAAACAGCGUGCCCGGGGAGGAUUUGAAGACCACAGUUAUGCAGCUAAGGGAGACUGUUCUGCAGCAGAAGGAAACCAUUAUGAACCAAAAAGAAACAAUCAGGGAGCUGACUUCCAAACUGGCUCGCUGCGAGGGUCAAAGUGCGUCCGAACCGGGAGACUCUAAAGGCGGAGGAAGAAGGAAGGAGCAAGGGUCCAAAAACACGAUGGGGGACGUAUCGAGGGGUCCGACAGACACACUGGCUCAACUCUCACAGACUUUACAGUCCCUCAAACAGAGGCUAGAAAACCUUGAGCAAUUUAGCAGAAACAACAACUCGGUACAAGCAAACAGUUUGAAAGACUUGCUGCAGAGUAAAAUCGACGACCUCGAGAAGCAGGUGCUGUCCCGCGUUAACAGUCUGGAGGAGGGCAAACCCGGGCUACGGAACGAGACUGAGCAGCGCGGGCGCGUGGAAUCCACUCUCACCUCCCUGCACCAGAGAAUCACCGAUUUGGAGAAAGGUCAGAAGGAAAACAGACCUUUGGACAAGUUCCAGUUAACUUUCCCACUGAGGACCAAUUACAUGUAUGCAAAAGUGAAGAAGAGCCUGCCAGAGAUGUAUGCCUUCACUGUCUGCAUGUGGAUAAAAUCAAACGCAUCUCCGGGAGUGGGAACUCCAUUCUCUUAUGCUGUCCCAGGCCAGGCCAAUGAACUGGUUCUUAUUGAAUGGGGAAACAACCCAAUGGAGAUCCUAAUCAACGACAAAGUUGCUAAGUUACCAUUCAUCAUUAAUGAUGGAAAAUGGCACCACAUCUGUGUAACUUGGACCACACGAGAUGGAGUUUGGGAAGCUUUUCAAGAUGGAGUCAUGAGAGGUAGUGGAGAAAACCUGGCACCAUACCAUCCAAUCAAACCACAGGGAAUUCUCAUACUGGGCCAAGAGCAGGAUACUCUUGGUGGAGGUUUUGAUGCCACUCAAGCAUUUGUGGGUGACCUGGCAAAUUUUAACAUCUGGGACCGGAAACUCUCGAUUGGAGAGAUCUAUAAUCUGUCCACGUGCAGCAGCAAGGCACAGGUGGGGAACGUUUUUUCAUGGUUGGAAACCAGCAUUGAGAUUUAUGGAGGAGCAUCCAAGUGGACAUUUGAAGCCUGUCGUCAACUGAACUGA